AUGGCAAAGUCUCUUAUCAACUGGUCAGAAUUGCACAUUCCACGAUUCCUCGAUUCCACGGUUCAUCGCGACACCACUUUGGUCCCGGAGGUUUCCAACGCGCGCAGUAACGGUCUGGCCCCCCCCCCAGACCAUUUCCGUUGCCUCGUGGCCGGAAUUGGAUCGCGCAGGGUCGCAAUCCACUUGCAUCGUGCGUUGAGCCUUGAUGAUGAUCAUGAUUUCCGUCAGGGAUACUUGUUCGUGCUCUGGCUGUGUACUGUAGGUGACUUGGUCGUUACGGAGAGAGGGUUUGCAGCAGGCAUGCAGCAGGCCUGCAGCAACAGACUCUACCCUUCUCUACGGCGUCAAAGCAGACAGGGCCCCCCUUCUCCAAUGAUGAGUGCUCCUACGACUGGUGUUUUUGGUCCCUAUGACAAACCCACACGCGACACCCGUGACCAGUUGACCACCGAGCACACGCAGGAUGAUCACGGACAAGGGUCCAGGAUCGGUCCGGCCGGACCAGUCGUGUCCAACUUGUUGCCUGCGCUGGGCGAUAGUACUGUAGUACCCUUGACAUGGUCUAGCUGGAUGGGCAAGACAGCCUCACGGUUGCAUCAUUUUGCACGAUUUGCAUCCCACCGACGCGGAUCUACCGAGCGUCGGGCGAAAGAGCGAAAGAGAGAGUCGGAGGAGGUCCAGAUUUUGACGAGUCAAAAUACCCCUGGCAGGGUACAGGCAUGCUGA